GACCGAACGGCCGCAUCCUCGCCGAGAGCACCUCGCUAGAGCAGACACAGAGACAGCAUGGACCCGUUCGGAGACAGCCAGCCGGUCGAGGGCGAAGUGCCCGCCGAGAUCUCAGACUUCGCGCCGCCCGCGGACAACACUGGAGACUUCUACGAGGUGGAGCCCACGGAGGCCGCCACGAAUGGCACGUUCGAGGGCCUGGGCUACCAGCAGCAGGAGUACCAGGAGCACGCGUACGAGGAGCAGACGGAGAGCUACCAGCCCAUGGAGUUCGCUGCCCAGGAGCAGCCCGUUGAGACGCCCGCUGUCGACUUCCAGAUCCCCGUCGUGGAGGAGGACAACGAGCUCACUAAGUUUAUGCGCGAGUACGAGGAGAAGAUUGCGCUGAAGGCGCAGGAGCAGGAGAAGGUGGCCGUGGAGUGCAAGGCCAAGGCCGAGGAGGACAUGGCGCAGUUCGUGGCCGAGCGCCAGCGCAUCAAGGAGUCCAAGAUGCAGUCUAACCGCGUGUUCGAGCAGGCCACGCUCGAGAAAAUGGUGGCUGACCUGCAGAACGAGAACCCGUGGGAGCGCGUGGUGACGCUCGUGGACCUGGAGACGAGCCGCAAAAAGAAGCUGGACGCGCUCAACAACAAGAAGGACUCCAAGAAGCAGGACCCUAAGCCCGUGGCUGUGCCCGCUAAGAAGACGCCCGAGGACGAGGAGGACGUCUCUCGGAUGCGACAGUUGUUCGUGCAGCUCAAGGCCACGCCGCUCGAGCAGACGCGUGCUGACGCUGUGGCUGCCAAUUAGACCAACCACAGACAGAGAUCAGCCCCGCACGCUGCGGUGGUGAUAGUAGAGA